AUGGAGCUGCGCUCGGAGCUGCCCAGCGUGCCCUCGGCUGCCGGGCCCCCGGUGGCGCCGGGCUCCGUGGCGUCCGUGGCGUCCGUGGCGGCGGCCGCUGCAGCGGCAGCGUCGCUGCCGGUGAGCGUGGCAGGCGGCCUGCUGCGGGCGCCACCCCUGCUGCUGCGGGCGGCCGAGAAGUACCCGCGCACGCCCAAGUGCGCGCGGUGCCGCAACCACGGUGUGGUGUCGGCGCUCAAGGGUCACAAGCGCUACUGCCGCUGGAAAGACUGCCUGUGCGCCAAGUGCACCCUCAUCGCCGAGCGCCAGCGGGUCAUGGCCGCGCAGGUGGCUCUGCGCCGGCAGCAGGCGCAGGAGGAGAACGAGGCCCGAGAGCUGCAGCUGCUCUACGGCACGGCCGAGGGCCUCGCCUUGGCCGCGGCCAACGGCAUCAUCCCGCCGCGGCCCGCCUACGAGGUCUUCGGCACCGUGUGCCCCGACGGCGCGAGCGGGGCCGGCCAGGGGCCGGGGCCGGGCUCGGGCUCGGGGGGCGCUGGAGCGGGAGCCGCAGCAGGAGGCACAGAGGCCAAGCUACAGAAGUUUGACCUGUUUCCCAAAGGCCUGCUGCAGCCGGGAGGGGCGGGUUCCCCUCAGCCUCCUGGGGGAAAGCCGGUGUCCCCGGACGGGGCAGAUUCGGCGCCCGGCACGUCAUCUCCGGAGGCCCGGCCUGGCUCAGGUUCGGAGAACGGCGACGGUGACUCGUUCCUGGGCUCGCCGCAGUCCAAGACGCUGAAGGAAGGGGGUAGCGGAGGCGGCAGCGGCAGCGGCAGCGGCCCCGGCGGCCCCGGCGAGGACGACAGUCCUGGCUCCAUCAGCCCUCUGGGCUCUGACUCGGGCUCCGAGGUUGACAAGGACGAGGCCACGGCAUCUCCGCCGCCAUCGGGCUCGGGCCCCGGGCCCCGGCAGCGGACGCCGCUGGACAUCCUGACCCGGGUCUUUCCCAGCCACAAGCGCAGCGUGCUCGAGCUGGUGCUGCAGGGCUGCGGCGGGGACGUGGUGCAGGCCAUCGAGCAGAUCCUGAACCACCACCGCGGCGCCGCCGUGGCCGGGGGAGCAGCCGUGGCGGCCGGCGGCCCGGACAAGGGCCCAGACGAGGGCUGGACGGGGCGCGCCGACGGCGGCGCGGGCGCCCUGGGCGCCGCGCUGCAGCCCGGCCCGGCCGCCGCCCACCACCCGCACCACAGACCCUUGCUGGCCGGGGCCAUGACCCCAGCCAUUGGGACCCUGGGCAGCCGUUCGGCCUUCUCGCCGCUACAGCCCAACGCCAGCCACUUCGGCGCGGAGGCAGGCGCCUAUCCUCUGGGCACGCCCUUGGGCCUGAGCCCGCUGCGCCUGGCUUACUCAGCGGCGGCGCACAGCCGCGGGCUGGCCUUCAUGGCGCCCUACUCCACAGCCGGCCUCGUGCCCACGCUGGGCUUCCGGCCGCCCAUGGACUACGCCUUCAGCGACCUCAUGCGGGACCGCUCGGCCUCUGUGCACAAGGAACCCGUCUACAGCAACGGGGGCGGCCUCUACGGGCCCCUGGUUAACAACAACCCGGACAAGCAGUAG